AUGUCUGACUCCAAUAUUGAAGUGGCCCUAGGCGACACCCUCGCCCACCCCAAGCUUACCUUCAACCACAAGCACACCACCACCGACAACGCCAGCAUCACACGCCUAGAUCGCGAAUCCGCCAUCGCCCUUGGCAUCCUUCUCCUCUUCAUCUUCCUCGCCAUCUCCUGGUUCGUAACCUCCCGCAUCCGCCAGCAUAGGGCCGCCAUUCGUGAAGCAGAAGCCCGCCGCGCCUCUGUAUCCGCCAACCAUCAUCUCUCCCGGACUGAGGCAGCUCUCAAUGGCAUCACGGGCUAUCGCAUUUUCAAAGCUGAGCGGGAAGUCUCGCGGAAGGGGAGGGAGAACUGGAAAGGCAGUGAGGGUGAGACGAGGGCGAGGGGAGAAAGUGUUUCCACGCUGCCGCGGUACGAGGAAAGGAAUCGGAGGAAUAGUGUGUGUGCGCUGAGUGAAAGGGAGAGAGAGAGGAGGUGGUGGGAGAGUGUUGCAGCGCAUGGGACGACGACGAGGGCGGAUGCAGAGCUCCCACCACUGCCACCGAGUCCUACGUUGGACAAUUUGGCGUUCCCCAGCCCUAGUGCUUCUGUGGGUAUAAGGUCUCCUGUUGCUGAUGGCUUCCGCAAUGACAUUUGGCAAAGUGAGAGAGAGCAGCCGAGCGAGAGCCACGAGAGUGUUGAUGUGGGUCCUUCGUCUCGAAACAGCAAGGUCGAGAAGUGGAUAGCGGAGAAGGUCUAG